AUGGGUGGAAAGAAUUCUAAACGUAAACUUCACGCGCAUCAUAAACACCAACAUAUACAGCAUCUAGUGCCUUUUCUUGAUGUAGAAGUGAAUAUAGAUCGUGACGACAGGUGUAGUUUCAGUGGUAUCACGUGCAUGAAUGGCGGGAAAAUUGUGGUUGCGGAUUACCUCGGUCACCAUGUUAAAUAUUACGACUGGAAGAUGCUGAAACUUUUGGAUUAUGUCGAUACGACAACGCCGCCGUAUGAAGUGUGUUCGUCCGCUGUGAAUGAGACGGACGUGUUUGUGACUCUUCCGUUUGAGUCGAAAAUAUAUCAUUUCCAACUGAAAGAAAACAAAUUGGUUCUGCUGAAAGAAAUUCCGACAGAAGGGAUGUGCUAUGGUAUCGGAAGUUUCGUCGACGGCCUGGCAGUUAGUUUAAGGAUCGAUAAACAUAUCUGGCAGAUUGAAAUUUUGGAUUACCAGGGUUCCGUGCAGAAAGUGUUCAAGGAUGACGACGAUGGUAAAGAACUAUUCGGCUUUGCUGACUACAUAACCGUGGACACUCAAGGUCAAAGGUUAAUUGUUUCUGACGGACUUAAAGGUGUUGUCGUUUGCUUCGAUUUGAAACAUUCAACAAUGACUUCCAUAAAAGAGAUUUACAGGUACAUGUGUAGUCAUCUACAAAUUCCAAAAGGUUUAUCUUUAGAUAAUUUGGGAAAUCUAUUUAUAGUUGGAUGUGAGUCAAGCAACGUGCAUAAAGUGUCAUGUGAUGGUGAAAGAAUAGGCGUGGUUUUAGGAAAAAAGGACCAAUUAGAAAAUCCAAUGGGAAUUGUGUAUGAUUCCAGUGAGAACAAAGUGUUUGUGACUGAAGGAUCUCGUAGAGUUAUGAUAUUUAAAGACAGAAGUACUAACAGUUGA